GUCACAUCCUCGAAGCAGUGCUUUGAUCAAUUGAACCCUAGGUUUCUUUCCCCCUAUAGAGCUUGCAGAUUCACCAGAGGAAAACAUACUCAACAUGUCCUCCACGGCUCUCCCUAAGCGCGUUGCGCUGCACCGCAACCCUACCACCGACUCCUCGGUGGCCAGCUCCAUUGCCCCAUCCCCAAUGGACAGCCCUCGCCAGUCUCCUUCGUCCACCUCGCUGUCGUCCCUGGCAUCGGAGGCUGAGGCCCGCAGCAAGAUGCUGGAUACCUAUGGCAACGAGUUCAAGAUCCCCGACUUCACCAUCAAGCAACUCCGUGACGCCAUCCCUGCUCACUGCUUUGAGCGCAGUGCCUCGACUAGUCUGUACUAUGUCUUCCGCGACCUGUUCUGGUUGGCCACAAUCUUCUAUGUCUUCCACAACUAUGUCACUCCGGAGAACAUUCCCUCCACUCCUGUUCGGACCGGAUUGUGGGCCCUCUACACCAUUGUGCAGGGGUUGUUCGGAACCGGUAUCUGGGUUCUGGCCCACGAGUGUGGCCACCAGGCUUUCUCCCCCUCCAAGGUCUUGAACGACACCGUUGGUUGGGUCUUGCACUCCGCUCUGCUGGUGCCCUACUUCUCCUGGAAGAUCUCCCACGGCAAGCACCAUAAGGCCACUGGCAACCUUGCCCGUGACAUGGUCUUCGUCCCCAAGACUCGCUCGGAGUUUGCUACUCGUGUUGGCAAGGCCAUCCACGAACUGAACGAGCUCAUGGAGGAAACUCCCAUCUUGACCGCUACCAACUUGAUCCUCCAGCAGCUGUUUGGAUGGCCCUUGUACCUUCUGACCAACGUCACCGGUCACAACAACCACGAGCGUCAGCCUGAGGGCCGUGGCAAGGGUAAGAAGAACGGUUACUUCGGUGGUGUCAACCACUUCAACCCUUCCAGCCCUCUGUACGAGGCCAAGGACGCUAAGCUCAUCCUCCUGAGCGAUAUCGGUCUUGCGAUCACCGGAACUGUUCUGUACCUGGUUGGUUCCAAGUACGGCUGGAUGAACCUUCUCGUGUGGUACGGUCUCCCCUAUCUUUGGGUUAACCACUGGCUCGUUGCCAUCACCUACCUUCAGCACACCGAUCCCACCCUCCCCCACUACCAGCCCGAUGUCUGGAACUUCGUCCGUGGUGCUGGCGCCACCAUCGACCGUGACUUCGGCUUCGUCGGCCGUCACAUCUUCCACGGCAUCAUCGAGACCCACGUUCUCCACCACUAUGUCAGCACCAUUCCCUUCUACAAUGCCGAUGAGGCCAGCGAUGCCAUCAAGAAGGUCAUGGGCAACCACUACCGCACCGAGGCCCACACCGGAUGGACCGGUUUCUUCAAGGCUCUCUGGAACAGCUCCCGUGUCUGCCAGUGGGUUGAGCCCACCGAGGGUGCCGAGGGCGAGAGUGCCGGUGUCCUGUUCUACCGUAACACCAACGGCAUUGGUGUCCCUCCUGCCAAGGUUGCUCAAUAGAUUCGCCGUUUGGUCGGUACAUAGAACGCGAGUCGAUUUUCCUUUCCUCCCGGCGGAGGAAUUGCGUCUUUUUCUUUUCCCCCUUUCAUUUCACACUUUUUCGUGGUGCUCUCGCAGGAUCGAAAUGGCCACGACAAGAACAGCACUCGUCGGUAAACAUCCUAGAUCAUCUGCUGCGAGUCUGAUCGAUUGGCAUUCGAGCCGAAGGCGUAUAUGGUGCAGAGGAGGUGGAGCAAGACGGGUCGGUUUUUUGUGAUUGUUUCGAUUGUUUGAUGUAAAGAAGAAGAAAACAAAAGCAAAAGCAAAAGCACAAGCAGUCUCAGCAUCUAUCCUUUCUUUCCUCAACCGGGCAACUCUUAAUAUUUUUGGGAGCCAUUUUCUUGUGCCUUUCUUUCUUCUUUCCAGGCCAAC